GCUCUCUGGCACGAUCGCUUUUCCCGGACAACAAAGUUAGUCCACCCAUGUGGCCGCGCUCGCUGCGGCGGGCCUUAUCUUGAUUGGUGAGGGGGGAGGACGCAGUGGGGGAGGCGAUCCGGCGGCGAGGAUCUCCAGGCGCUCAGUCUCAGUGUCUAUAGGCAGCAGACGGAUCCACCCUCCUCACAUGUGAAGAUGACUCCAGAGUGGGAUGAAGACUCAUCCUCCGAACACGAGAAGACCCAGAGAUUUCUCCGGUUCCGCUGCGUUCGGCUGUAUGGAUUCUUCUAGGAAGAACUGAAUGAAGGACGACUUUAACCGAAGUGUGACAUCGGCUUCUGGCGAGUGGAGAAAAUCCUCGUCCGGUUCUUGGAGUUGGGACGGAGCGAGGAUGAGGCCCGGGGAGUCCGAGGCAGAGGCAUGAAGAGGCGCGAUGAGAGCGCAGAGCAUCAUGCCCGCCCUGCUGCCGAGCUGGAGCAAGACCACCAAGCUUCUGCUCCUGGUCUUCCUCCUUCCUCUCAACCAACAGACCGAAGGUUCGCUGCUGGAGAGUCUGAUCGCUCGACGGACUGAAUACUGGGAGAACUGCAACAGAACUCUGGCAGCGAGCGGACUCUUAAAAACUGGAAACUACUGCAGAGGAACAUUCGACAUGUUUGCCUGUUGGCCUCACUCCCCUCCGGGCAACGUGUCCGUCCCCUGUCCGCCGUACCUGCCGUGGAUCAGCGAGGACAGCGCCAGGAGGAUUCACCGAGAAUGCCUGGAAAACGGGAAAUGGAGACAGGUGGAGAACUCGUCCGACCCCUGGAGGGACGACUCCGAGUGUGUGGAAGACCAUUAUUUCAAGGACAAGGAGGAUGAAAUGCUGCGGCAGACGGCGCUCAGGCUCAUCUCUGUCAUCGGCUACUCGCUGUCCCUGUUCUCCCUCACGCUGGCCACCCUGCUGAUGGGCAUGCUGAGGAAGCUCCACUGCACCAGGAACUACAUCCACAUGAAUCUGUUUGUGUCGUUCAUCCUGAGAGCCACAGCCGUCAUCUCCAAGGAGAUCAUCCUGUAUGUCAUGUACUCCAACCUGCCCAAGGACGACCCCGGGUGGAGCUCCUACUCCAGCUCUGCGAUCGCCAUGAUGUGCAAAUUCUCCAAAGUGUGCAUGGAGUACUUUGUGGCCUGUAACUACUUCUGGCUCUUGGUGGAGGCCAUCUUCCUCCACACGCUGCUGUUCACCGCCGUGCUGACCAAGAGGCGUCUGCUGAAGAACUACAUGCUGCUGGGAUGGGGAACUCCAGUUCUCUUUGUGGCCCCGUGGACGGUGGUCAAGAUUUUAUAUGAAAACACUGAAUGCUGGUCGAUCGUCAACAGAGGGUUCUGGUGGAUCAUCAGAGGCCCCAUCACUCUGGCGGUGCUGGUCAUUUUCUUCAUAUUCAUCAAGAUCCUCAUGCUGCUUCUGUCCAAGCUGAAAGCAGACCAGGUGAAGUUCACCGACUACAGAUACAGCUUGGCCCGAGCGACGCUGGUGCUGAUCCCCCUGCUGGGCAUCCACGAGGUGGUCUUCACAGUGCUGAUCGACGAGUGUGUGGAGGGCAGCAGUCGCUACGCCAAGAACUUCAUCAACCUCACCCUGAGCUCCUUCCAGGGAUUCCUGGUUGCUGUUCUGUACUGCUUUGCUAAUGGAGAGGUUCAAGCCGAACUGAAGAAACGCUGGCAGCUGUUCCUGUUCACCAAUCACUUCAAGGUCCGCAGCUGCUUCCAGGGGGCCCCCCUCAAACACCUGUGGAAAUGCACCCAGGGGCCCCACCCCCGGGGCUCCCGGCAGAGCGAGUCCUACGACGAGGGCGCCACCUCCACCACCAACCCCAACCUGCUGCAGGUGGCCGUGCACGGGCCGGGCCGGGCCGUCGGACCGGGCCAUGCCAGAGGCGGCGGCGGCGGCGGCGGCACAAAGGGCCCCGAUCCGGCGGGGCUGGACUUCCUCACCAGGAAGAGUCUGUCCAGCAGCGACGGAGAGAUGACGCUCGGGGAGACCAUGGAGGAGAUUCUGGAGGAGAGCGAGUUCUGAGCCCGGACGCUCGCUUCCUGAGCGCCGCGGAGGAAAAGAUCUUCCAACGCUGCGAGGUUCUGUCUCAUGAGGAGGAGAUCGACGGGAGCCGAGCAGUCUUCCCACUGGGAAUGAAAUCAUCAUUCAAUGGGAAUGUUUUGUCUUGAACAUUCAAAAGAUCAUGUCCAAGAACAUUUUCUGGAACAUUUUUCAAACCUAAACGGAGAAUUCUUGUAACUUCACAAAAUUUCUCCUAAUGUGAUCAAUGAUGGCUCCUAAUGUGAUAAAAUGGCUUUUGGCAAAAAAUAAAUGAAAUAAGGUUAAUUUGUUCAUAAAGGCGGAAUGGCCAGAACUUAGGUAGGUAAAAUGGAUAAAAAAGCUAAAAUGUCUUAACAUGCUGAAUCCAUCUGAAAAGGCCAACAAACAAAAAACAGCUGAAAUGAUAAAACAGAUAAAAUGUGAUAAAAUCCCCCAUUAUUUCCUUACAUAUAUUAUAACUGUAAAAGUUGAAUAUCAGAAGCUUCCCAAGCUGAUCAUAGUUCUUACUGAAUGGAAGUGACUGAAGCAUCUGACUGACUGCUGCAUGGACCAUCAGAUUUAGUUUGAUUUGAUCGUAUAUGACAGAUUAAAACUGUGUAUAUUAUUAUGUUGCUAAAGUUUACACGAGUUCCUUCAAAUGACGUCCACUUCUGGUAUUUAUAUGAACCUCAGCCUUCAUUUUAUUUACUGUGUAAAGUCCAGUCUUUUACUCUGUCGGGUCGGUUCUAAAUGGUUCUGAAUAUCAAUCCGACGCGUCUGGAUUGAGUCGUGUGUAUAAAUACAAAGUAUUUGUUGCCUGAAUGUGAAGUUUUUCAUGUUUUCUGCUCCGGUGAAGCUUCGGAUGUUUCUGAAGAUGUCGUUGUACAGGUGAAAAGUAUCACAUGAUUUCUACGUGCACUAAUAAAAACCGAAUGAUUACG